UGUUUAAUGUUGUGAUGAUACAAAAUGUGCUCUGUUUUUCAUCUCUCCUACAAUACUUUAUACAAAACACGAAGUUUUGAACCUUUUCAUGAAAAAUAAAAACUGUUCAUUAAGUUUAAGACAGUUUUUUGUUAUAUACAAGAUAUUUUUUAGGUUUAUUGUUACAUAUUAUCAAUAUUGACUAUAAAUACGAUAUGUCGAGCUUUCAAAAAGCAGUUCCUCGAUCUAGUUUAAGUGGUACAAAAUUAAAAAAUAACAUUCCCUAUGUAUCUUCCGGAAUACCAUCCUUGGACUUUAUAGUCGGAGGUGGUCUACCUGUCGGUUCUAUUUUCGCCGUGGAGGAAGAUGUCUUAGGCAGUUAUAGCAGAGUUCUCUCAAAGUAUUUCCUAGCUGAAGGAGUUGUGUGUAAACAUGGCUUAUUUGUUGCUUCUGCAGAUGAAAAUCCCAAGUUAAUUAUCCAAGAGCUCCCCACACCCUGUACAGUACAAGAAGACAAAACAAAUCAAGAUGUUAACAGUGAGAUGAAAAUCGCCUGGAGGUAUGAAGGUCUGGGCCAAGUGGAGUCAUCGUUUGGAAGCAACACUAACUUCGGCCAUCACUUUGAUCUCAGCAGGCACAUGGAGGAGCUGGCUGUUAGAGAUGUUGAUUUAACUUAUUGUCACUUGAAACCGAGCAAUGGAAAGAGCAAUGGGUUUAGGAACUGUCUGUAUCAUGAUCUGUUGAAAGAAAUCGGAAAGGUUUUAUCCAAAGAAGAAUAUCGGAGCGGUAGUAAAAACAAAAAUAUACUUCGGAUCAGCAUCCAGUGUCUGGGUUCGCCCGUGUGGUUGGCCACUGACUGUGACCAUGACAGCAAGUACGGACAGGAUCUCAUUAAGUUGAUAUAUAGCUUAAGGGUUCUGAUCAGAGACACCAAUGCAGUUGUCUUCAUCACAAUUCCCGAGCAUCUGUUUGAAGAUAAUCAAAUAAUGAAAAGGCUUCUCUACUCUAUCGACAACGCGGUGCGGAUAGAGUCGUUCGCCGGUUCCAGUAAGGAGACCAACCCGGUGUACAGCGAGUACCACGGGCUGUUCCACAUCAGCAAGUUGUCGGGAGUCAGCUCCCUGGUGGCGUUCGUUCCUCCCAGCCUGGACCUGGCCUUCAAGCUGAAGAGGAAGAAGUUUGUCAUCGAAAAGUUGCACCUGCCGCCAGAACUCCAAGAGUCCAGCGAGCGCGAGCAGGACGACGUCACGGCCACGCCCGGCACCUGCGGCGGCUUCAAGAAGAAAGAUAUAGACUUCUAAUAACAGUUCUGUAUAACGAUGUUUGUAAUGAAAAUACACGAUACGAUCACA